CUUCCUUUAACAAAGACAAAUUGCACAAAAGCUACAACAGUAUUGAAUUUUACCAACAAUGAUUGAGAGUAGAGCAAAUUGGCUUCGAUGACCUGCAUAUAUUCGACACAGCUUGGCAGCGCGUCAAGCUAGGAUAUAAAUGCGAAAGGACCGCAUUCCUACUUCUAGCAUAUUACUACUUCAGUCAGGAAUAUGAAGCUGACGAAACCGUUCAGUGUUGGGGCGGUAGUAAUCCUAAUACUCUUGGCGUUGCUAGAUUCUUUUGCAAACGCAAGUUCUUGUAGUAAAUUGGGAAAUUUGCAGGGAAAGAAACUGAGAGUCGUCACAGGUCAUUUUCCUCCCGUAAUUUCCGUUUUACGGAACUCUACCGGCCACGUCGUUGGAUAUGCAGAUCUUCUUUAUCAGCAGCUGCUUUACUUAUCGAAGAGUUUAAAUUUCACUUUUGAUAUAUUCCCCUCGAAGGAGAACACCAACGGAGUCAAGCUGAGCAACGGAACUUGGAACGGCAUAAUUGGCUAUCUCUUGCGAGAUGAAGCGGAUUUGGGUUUAGUACCAUUUGCCAUUACCCUAGAACGCUACGAGGCUAUUGAGUUUAGUGGAAGAGUGGGAGGAGACAACACGGCAAUCCUAGUCAGAUAUCCGGAGCCAAGUAUUUCCUUCACUGGCGCAUUUGACGUAUUCCCCACCGGAGUAAUUAAGCUUUAAUCUUUAUAAUAUUACAAGAUAAAAUAUAUGAAACAUUUGUGACACUCAAAAUGAACCGUACAUAUAUAAUCGUUUGUCAAUUUCUAAUAAAAUU